CGCUCCCGGCGGAAGUGGCGCACGCGGAAGGAGCGCGGAGCGGCCGCCCCGGUUUCCGCAGGGCAGCGCCGGGAUCCCCGAGCGCGGCCGCCACCGCACCCAGAGAUGUUGCGCGGCCUGGGCAGCUGGCUAGGGCUGGAGCGGGCCGGGGAGGAGCAGCUGCUGCCCGCCGGGAAGGGGAGCAGUCCUGAGGAAGAGGAGGAGGAGGCGGGUCCGGCCGCGCAGGAGCAGGAGCAGGAGCAGGGGGAGCUGCAGGAGGACUCGGAGGCGCUGCUCAGCCAGGCCAAGGGGUUCGGCAGUUACCUCUUCAAUUUUGCCACUGCUGCUACAAAAAAGAUAUCCGAAUCCGUUGCUGAAACAGCACAGACAAUAAAGAAGUCUGUAGAAGAAGGAAAAAUUGACAGUAUCAUUGAUAAGACAAUUAUUGGAGAUUUUCAGAAGGAACAGAAAAAAUUUGUCCAAGAGCAGCAAACCAAAAAAUCAGAAGCCGCAGUGCCUCCCUGGGUAGACAGCAAUGAAGAAGAAACAAUUCAACAACAAAUAUUGGCCUUAUCGGCAGACAAACGGAACUUUCUGCGGGAUCCCCCAGCAGGUGUGCAGUUUAAUUUUGACUUUGAUCAAAUGUACCCUGUUGCACUGGUGAUGUUACAAGAAGAUGAACUUCUUAAUAGGAUGAGGUUUGAUCUCGUUCCCAAACACGUAAAGGAGGAGGUGUUUUGGAGAAAUUAUUUCUACAGGGUGUCCUUAAUUAAACAGUCUGCACAACUCACUGCACUUGCAGCUCAACAGCAAGCAGUAGGAAAAGAAGAGAGCAAAGGCAGAGAAGAGGAUAGUGAACUGAAAGAAACAGUACGACCGAAAACACCACCUGUUACAAUAAAGCUUCAAAUAAAAUCUCAAGAGGAUGAGGAAGAGAUUUCCACAAGUCCAGGAGUAUCAGAAUUUGUGAGUGAUGCUUUUGAUGCCUGUAAUCUGAAUCAGGAAGACCUAAGAAAAGAAAUGGAACAACUAGUGCUAGACAAAAAGAAAGAAGAGACUUCAGUAGUAGAAGAAGAAACUGCUGAUUGGGAAAAGGAAUUACAACAAGAGCUUCAAGAGUAUGAGGUGGUGACAGAAUCGGAAAAGCGUGAUGAAAACUGGGAUAAAGAAAUAGAAGAAAUGCUGCAAGAAGAAAAUUAAGCAUUUUCACAAAAUUACUAUAACCCAAAGCUUCUUCUGAAGACUGACAUGGAUUUCUGCUUUCAUAUUUUGCUUACAGAAAUAUCUUCAAAAGACAUAAAAGAAUCUAAAAUCAUUAUAAUUCCAUAUGGGAAUACAACUAGUAUUUCUGUUCUUUAUAUGAGCAGUUUCUGAACUUCUAUAUUCUUCAAAAGAAAAAAAGAGGAGGCAGACACUGCAAGUUAUAUGCCAUAAUUAAAAGUGAUAACAUUAAUACAUGAAGCAACAGUUCAUGUUUUUAGGUGGUCAAGAAGCUCUUCAAAGAGAUUUCUAAAUAUAAGAAUCAAAUUUUUUUUUGUCUACAGCCUUCUGUUUAGGAUGUAAAAAUGGGUGUUGUAAGUAACUUAGUCCUUGAAAACAAUUCUCUCUUGACAUUUGCACUCUGAUCCCUGUAUAAUCUGUAAAUGUGUACUAUUUUUGAGGUACUUGUAGCUGCUAGCUUUCACGUGUAUUUAACUUCCUUAAUGUAUGUAGCCAAUCAAUUUGUAGAAAACUCUAUUGAAUAACUUUCAAUGAUUUGUUAAAAAAUACUAAUGCAGACUCCAAAAGAAGCUGAUUAUUUUUCAGUCAGGUGGCAAACAUUUAAGCAUUUAAAUAAGGAUAGAAUUAUUAACUGCUUGAAUUAAAUUUGGUUUUGUUAAAUCAUCAUAUUAAGAUAUUGCCUUUCCCCACAGAGAGAAAUAGUUUAAUGCAUUCUCUCUGCAGAAGGCUGUUAUGUUUCCAUUUAAUUUUGCUGUCUGAGCUGAGAGCAAAUUAAAUGUUCCUCUUUAAGUGCUGAAACAUUUAUGUAAAAACUUUUGCUGGUUUGGACACCUUUAUUAAAUACUGUAGAUAUGUAUAAAA